GAGACACUCGAUUUUGUGAAAACGAAGACGAGAUGCUCGGUUAUGUUCUAGAGAGAACACUAGAAUAAUACGAUAUUCGGAUAACGGUGGCCGAAUCAUAUUUUAUUGAAACGCCGCGCGUAUAUUUUAUGAAACACAUAUGGUAAUAUUUUAUCGUGAUCAUGAUUAAGAAAUAAGGGAAUGCAUUAUUGAGUCUUGAUACGGUAUCGAUGAAAAACAUCAGUGUCAGACAGAGCCAAAUGUUGUUUAGACACUGCUCUUUACGAGAAUGAUUUCAUUCGAUUUUAAUGCAAGUGUACUUUGAGAUUGACAAGAUGAAUUUGGUGAACGUGUGGCUGCUUUUGUUGCCGCAAUUAAUCAGCGUUCUGUGUGCAGAUGAACAAGAGAUUAUACGCGAUUAUUUUACGUUCAGGAAAGUGAAGAGGGUAGUGGGAUUUUCAUGCGGGACCCUGGAAGAUGACAUCAUGCUCGCGAGAACGUUCAAUGACAUGUACGUUACGUACACUUCGCUGAUGGAAUUCAAAACUGCUCAGCGCAUGGACGUCAAGAAACUUUUGAAAGCCGAGUAUCAUCGGUUGGGUGUCUUUUUAGAUACUCGAUGCGACAGUAAGCGUUACACCAAAAUCAUUCUCGAUGCAACAAAGUAUUCCAUGUACGACGAGAUGCACAAAUGGUUGAUCUUCGGAUCCAAUUUGACUCACAGCCUGGGUAUAUUAAAUGACAACGCGUUUAGUGUCUUCACGGACAUAGUAAUCGUCAUACCAUCGGCGAAAAAUUACGUUUUGUACGACGUGUACAAUCCGUGCAAAGAUCGCGGAGGAGCCAUGAACGUGACGAACUUUGGAACAUGGAACAGGAAAAAGGGCCUGAACGUUACCCUAACUCAAUCGAAAUUUCAUCGAAGAUCGAAUUUGCACGGAAUGAGACUGAAAGUCGGCAUCGUAAUAAAUUACAAACCGGAGAAUCAGUCACUGCACGAGAUGAUGAUGGAGUAUAGCAUGAAAGCUAAAUACGGCCGAACGAAGUUCUUAUACAUAAUCCUGUGUCACCUGUCGAACCUCUUCAAUUUUACCAUGGACGUCAUCCAAAUAAACCCGCAGCGCAGAUUCGACCAUUCCGGUCCCGUUUUCGAAGCCUUCAAGAAGAAGACCAUUGAUUUAUCGGCGAGUCCAGUCGCGAUGAAGGUCGACAGAUUAAACAAUGGCGAUAUAAUCGGACCAGUGUGGCCAAUUCGAUCGUGCUUCAUGUUUCGCACGAUUUCCUCGAUGAAGAUCAAACCGGCUCAGUUUCUGCAACCUCUAUCCGCGAAAGUGUGGUACGGGAUCUUAACGAUGAUAGUAAUCGUGAUGACGGUUCUAAUCGUUUUUAUAAGACUAGAAGGUGUCCGCAGGCCUGCUGACAAUUACGGACUCUCCGUUUUGCUGACAAUAGGCGCUCUGUCGCAGCAAGGCUCGGCAUUCGUACCGACACGUUGCGCAGCUCGCAUCGCCUUCUUGCAGAUUUUAAUAUUCAGUACGAUCAUUCUGAACUAUUAUUCGGCGAGCGUCGUGUCGAAUCGGUUGAAAAACAAAGGCGAGAAAAUGAACGAUUCGUUAAUCAGUUUAGCCAAAAGCGGCAUGAAACUGGCGGUGGAACCGACGCCUUACGUUCUCUCUUUUCUUCAGGUGCAGGAUAAGGACGUUCGAUACUUCUAUCAGAAUUGUUGGAUGAAGAUACCCGAAUACGACAGGUAUCUGCCACUGGAACAAGGACUCGAUCAGGUAGCCAAGGGAACUUUGGCUUACCACACGAUGGUCGAUUCCGCUUAUCCUUAUAUCGAGCACACGUUCAGUGAUCGAAGCAUCUGCGAGCUGACGGAGGUUCAUCUGCUAAAGACGAGUUUGGCGUUUUACGCGAGACAUAGGAGUCCGUUCACCAAACUGUUGAGAACGGGACUAACGAAAAUCCGGAACGUCGGGAUUCAAAGGCGCGAAAUAAAAAGAUGGUCAGCAAGACAACCAUUCUGUCCUAGUAACCUGCUUAUCGCCGAACCACUAUCGAUCCAUGAAGCAGCACCGGUUUUUGUAUUUUUAUGUAUCGCCGUCGGAUUCGCCAUUAUUAUUUGCGUGAUAGAGAAUUUGGUUUACUACCUCGCACAAUCAAGUUUAUUAGCCGCCAUGAUAGACGGAAGAAAUCUAGUCGACAUGAAUUUAAAUAUACCUUCCUUACGAAAUAUCAAUCUGCAAACAUUAAGAAAUUUCAAUAUAUUCAGCGAAUCGACGAAUCCAGCAACGCCCUAAAUCGGGGCUCUAGAGAUUGCAAGUUAGAAUCAACAAUUCCACCAUAGUGAACAACUACAAACAUAAGUUUUCUUCAUGUUAAAAAUGGCUUGAACGGUUUGGAAACAAAAUAAACCCGAACGGAAUUCUA